UUUCAUUCUACCGAAAGAAAUCGUUUUCUUCCUUCUUCAUAAUGCCUUCAAACCCUAAGGUUUUCUUUGACGUGACGAUCGGAGGCCAACACGCCGGUCGGAUCGUGAUGGAGCUUUUCUCCGAUGUCACUCCUCGCACCGCUGAGAACUUUCGAGCCCUCUGCACCGGCGAAAGAGGCGUCGGCCGUACCGGCAAACCACUCCACUAUAAAGGCUCAAAGUUCCACCGUGUGAUCCCUAACUUCAUGUGCCAAGGAGGUGAUUUCACCGCCGGGAACGGCACAGGAGGUGAAUCCAUAUACGGAGCCAAGUUCGCCGACGAGAACUUCAUCAAGAAACACACCGGACCCGGCGUCCUAUCCAUGGCAAACGCCGGACCCGGGACUAAUGGAUCCCAGUUCUUCAUCUGCACCACUAAGACACCGUGGCUCGACGGGAAACACGUGGUGUUCGGACAAGUCGUUGAAGGCAUGGACGUGGUUAGAGCCGUCGAGAAGGUCGGGACUAGAAAUGGAAAGACUUUGAAGCCGGUUCUUAUUGCUGACUGCGGACAGCUUUAUUAAAACCACCACCGCCGACACCACCGCCGCCACCACAAAGACCAAGAAAAAGAAGGGCCAAACCGUAUCCCUCGCUGAAUUUAACCACGGAUCAGCUAAGCUGAGUGAGCUCACACGCCUCACUCACGAGGAGGUCAUCGCGCUCCCCACCGGCCCUCGCCAACGUGCCCCGAAGAACUCGACGGCGGCUUUAAAUCUUACGGUUCGAACAGAUACAAUAAUUCCAACGGAGACGAUUCGUCGAGUAAUAGUAGAUGGGGAUCUUCUAGAGGUUCGAAUAGAGAUUCCAAUAGAGAAAUUACUCCCUCGCGCGCUGAUGAAACCGACGCCCAUCUGAAACGGGUUUGGCGGUGGAUUUUAGAGGGGAGAGAGAGGCAGCGGCGGAGAAGGGUUUUCUAAUUCACAAUCGAAAGCCGAUGAAGUAGAUAACUGGGCAGCUAGUAAGACUAAUAAUAGAAGCCCCAAUGGGCAGCGCCGCCUCGGAGAUUUGGUGGGGGUUUUGAGAAAAGAAGCAGUUUUGAUUCACUUCAGCCGAGGGAUUUGGAUAACUGGGGAAAGAAAAAGGAGGAGACCAGCAGCACCGCUGCUGGUUCUGGUGGGGCAAGGCCGAAGCUCGUGCUUCAGCCACGUACGGUGCCUGUGACCGAGGAGGGUAAAAAGGACUCGACGGUUACCAAGCCCAAAGCGGCGAAUCCUUUCGGCGAGGCAAGGCCAAGGAAGUGUUGAAGGAAAAGGGGAAAGAUUGGAAGGAGAUUGAUGAUAAACUUGAAGCUGUGAAGAUUAAAGAGACAGUGGCUGUUACAGAGAAAGAGAGAGGAGCAAAGAUGAGCUUCGGUAACGGCCAUGCCCCGGCUGACAAGACCUGGAGGAAGAGUGAACCUGUUGAAUCUGCAGCUGAUGCUGAUCAACCCCAAAGGUUUCUUCAAUUAACUGAAAUUUGAUUUCUUGGUUGAUUUUAGAAUAUUGCUUUAUUUGAUCACACACACACACACAUAACAUAAACCUUGAUGCAUUUUGCUUGAAAUGUGGAGCUUUU